UUAAAUCAAAUCAAAUCAUCGUCAUCAAAUUGUGGUAAAAUUUCAUUAAAAUAUAAUGCCUGAAAGCGAUUCUGACGACUUUGAAAGUGCUGACGAGGAUGUUGAUCAUCAGAAGCCAUCAAAAGGAACAAAAUCUGAAGAUGUUAAGCCACAAAUCGAAAGUAGUGAGACAAUGAAGAAAUCCAGUAGUGGAAGUUCAUGGAGAAGUUGGGGCGCAUUUGAAAUGAUUAGUACGGCUAGUAAAAGUGUAGCAAGCGUUACCACCAAAGUGUCUCAAUCUUUAACUACUGCAAUAGAAUCAAUCAACAGUAUCCCAAAUCCUGAAGAAAUGGCAAAGAUACAAGUUGAGGAUAAAAAGACAAAAAGUGAUGAGUCUAUUGAUAAUGAGCAAAAGUUGAGAGAUGAAGCGAGUGGAUUUAAAUUAGACAGCUUACUUUCAAAUGUAAGUUUAAUAAGUUCCAAAGUUAUGACUGGUGGACUUGAAACAUUAGAAGGUAUUGGAAAGAAAACGAUGAAUAUAAUUCAAGAUACUGACCCAAAUAUUAAAAACAAGCUUCGUAAUAUGAAUUCUUCGAAUAGACCAAAUUUGAGUGACAUUUUAAAGGAAGCAAAAGAUUUUGAUACAGGCAAUGAAAUUCGAGAUUCUGAGAUUAAAGUGCCAUUAGUGUCGUUUGAACAUGAAUUGCUUGAAGAGUACAGUGGAUUAGUUUAUUUGGAAGCUUUAGAAAUAUUGUCGAAACAAUCUAAAUUAAAAAUUGAGCUUUUGAUGAAGCCACUUACUGGAAAAUCUUUAGCUGAUAUGGACGAAACGUUAAAGGAAGUAGAAGAGUUAUUUGAAUUGCCUGAUUCAGACUCUGUCAAUGAUAAAAUAACGACAACAACUUUAGGCGAUCAUUUGGCAAAAGCAAUUGAGGAUUUAAGUAUUGCUUUGAAUUUUAAGGAAAUUAUCAGCUACUCAUUGGAACUCAAUAAACAAUUUGACGAGGCUGAUGAUACAGAGAGAGAUUGUAAGCAAGUUUAUAAUAAUUCCAUCGUUGCAUUGGCAAAGUUGUGUGCAUUGUCGCUCAACAAUUAUCAGAAAAUGGCAGAAUUGAUGCUCUCGCUUAGUCACAGAUCUACGGCAGAUGAGGUUGAUUCAGUCAUACAGCUCACGUCAAUUUACUUUAGUCUUUUUAACUAUGUUGCAAGUAAAUUUUCUGAAAAAAUAGCAAACUCUAAGCCAUGCGAAGAUACCAAAAAAAUGUCUAUGGAAGUAUUCAUGGAGUGCUCGAAUGCAACAGCUUAUGUAAAAAAGGCAUUUAGUUUCUUUAUUCCAGUCCUUCAAAUUGGAGCGCUUUAACUGAAAUGAAUGCCUGCACUAUUAAAUGCAUGAAGGACUUUCAUGAAAUCAUCAAUGUCCAUUGUUCGCGCUCUAAAUUUAUCAGCUUCAAGUGUCGUUAAUAUCUCUUCAACUUUACUUUUAAUGUCGAAAUCUUUUGGCACAUCCUGUGAAAUAAAUCACACAAAAAUGUACAUAAUGUUGCUAUUCUCAUGA